AUGGAUUCCCUGGUGGAGGGGAACCACACUGCAGUGACAGAGUUCAUUUUAUUGGGCUUAACACAGGAUCCAGUCCUUCGGGUCAUCCUCUUCAUCAUCAUCCUGGGUAUCUACCUGGUCACCAUAUCUGGCAAUCUCUGCACAAUCCUUCCCAUCAGAGUCUCCACUCAGCUCCACCACCCCAUGUACUUUUUCCUCAGCCAUUUAGCUUUUGCUGACAUGGUCUUUUCAUCUUCGGUCACACCCAACAUGUUGGUUAAUUUCCUGGUAGACAGAAAUAUGAUCUCCUACCAUGGAUGUGCCAUCCAGCUUGGCACAGCUGUUUUCUUUGGGGCAGUUGAGUGCUUUCUUCUGGCUGCCAUGGCCUAUGAUCGCUUCAUGGCCAUCUGCUAUCCACUGCUCUAUUCAACCAAAAUGUCCACACAAGUCUGUGUGCAGUUCUUUGUAGUAGCUUACAUAGCUGGUUGUUUAAAUGCUUCAUCCUUUUCUAUUUCUUUCUUUUCUUUGGUGUUCUGUGGAUCGAACAGAGUCAAUCAUUUCUUUUGUGAUUUUGCUUUUUUUGAAGAAAAAGUAACGAAAUGGACAGAUUACUUAUGA